AUGCAGAGGAAUCUAGGAAGGACCGGUAUAUCACAAUCACUCUUUUCCAGCUGGAGAAGAAAUUUGGCAAGGGGAAGGAAGCACAGAAAUUUAUUGCUGAUCUUGUCAAAGGUGCGGGGGGGUCAAAAACGAGAAACCAAAGCUAUCAAACAUGUUCUGGUCUUGCCAGGCCAGAAGGGGACGCCUCACCCUCAAAGUGAUCAUCCCAAGGCCCGCAUGUUCAAAGUCCUCAAGGAUGUGCUCGAGGAAAAGGCGAUGGGCAGUCGAGGUACCACCAGCUUGAAGGUUGGUGGCCGUGUGAGGUGUGCAGAAGCCAAAAAACUCCUAGCUAAGGAGUUGAACAAGAGUUGGAAGAGAAGACAACCCUUGUAG